UUCCGGGAGCCACGGGGGAGGGGGACAGCGUUGGGGGUUGCAGUCCCCAGUCCGCUGCUCCAGGCCGCUGCCGCCCACCUGCCCCGCGGCCUCGUUCCCUGCUCAGCCCUUCCGCUCCGCUGCUUGACCUUUGCGCGUCCUGGAAGUCACCGGCCCGCCACCCCUCUGCCCCGUCAUGAAUUCGCCCAUCCGUGGGUGAGCCCACCCACUCCCAAGCAGAAAGGGAGAAGGCUGAUGAGGCAGACGAUUUGGGGCAGCAUCUGGGCAGAGUUUGGGAAAGAGAGGAGACCCUGAAAAGUUGCCUCGUUUUCCUCUCCCACGGGGUUUCUUAGACAGCUCCCUGUUCACAAUGUCUUCCAUUAAGAUCGAGUGUGUUUUGCGGGAGAAUUGCCGGUGUGGGGAGUCUCCGGUGUGGGAGGAGGCAUCCAGUUCGCUGGUCUUUGUAGAUAUUCCUGCAAAGAAGGUUUGCCGGUGGGAUUCGCUCAGCAAGCGCGUGCAGCAAGUGACCCUGGAUGCCCCCGUCAGCUCCGUGGCCCUUCGCCAGGGAGGAGGCUAUGUGGCCACUGUUGGGACAAAGUUCUGUGCUUUGAACUGGGAAGAUCACUCAGCAGUUGCCCUGGCCUCAGUAGAUGAAGACAAGAGGAACAAUAGGUUCAACGAUGGGAAGGUGGAUCCCGCUGGGAGAUACUUCGCAGGCACCAUGGCCGAGGAGACGGCCCCCGCGGUUCUGGAGCGGCACCAGGGGUCCCUGUACUCCCUCUUUCCUGACCACCACGUGGAAAAGUAUUUUGACCAGGUGGACAUCUCCAACGGUUUGGAUUGGUCCCUGGACCACAAAAUCUUCUAUUACAUCGACAGCCUGUCCUACUCGGUGGAUGCCUUUGACUAUGACCUACAGACAGGAAAGAUCUCCAACCGCAGAAGUAUUUACAAGCUGGAGAAAGAAGAGCAAAUUCCAGAUGGGAUGUGUAUCGAUGUGGAGGGGAAGCUCUGGGUUGCCUGUUACAAUGGAGGGAGAGUGAUUCGUUUAGACCCUGAGACAGGGAAAAGACUCCAAACUGUGAAGUUGCCUGUUGUUAAAACAACCUCGUGCUGCUUCGGAGGGAAGGACUACUCUGAAAUGUAUGUGACCUGUGCCCGGGACGGAAUGGAUCCCGAGGGUCUUCUGCAGCAGCCUGAAGCUGGUGGGAUCUUCAAGAUAACUGGCCUGGGGGUCAAAGGAAUUCCUCCCCAUCCCUAUGCGGGAUGAGUGGCAGGCCUUCUUUCCUACUGGAGAAACUUUUGAAGACAUGUAGAAAAUUCUACAGCUGAAAUUUCAAUCUAGUUACAAAAAAUUAAAGAAAUGAUACUAUUAAUAGGGUUAAUUUUUUUUCCAAUUUUUAAAAGGUAAAACAUUUUAAUAAGGGGUUACAGGUCGUUUUGAUAACAUACUAAAAUGCGUUCCGCAAAGGUAUUAUAGAAGUAUAGAGAACUGUUCAGAUGCCAACCAGCCUCUUGAUUCUUUGCAAAUUGCUAGAAGGGGACGGGGGGACCAUGUCUGUUGCACAUUCCAUACUUAUUAUACCUGAAGGUUCAAAAAACUAAUAAAUAAUGUCUUGGUAAUGACUUA